AUCAACCAGUGAUGUUGCAGUAAUUUAGUGCCGCUUUAGCCACAUCAAUGUUGACGUUUGACGUUGUGCAUUGCUUUUGUUGCAUUAGUUCAUUCACACAAACUUCAUGCGCAUAAACGGACUUGUGGCAGUUUUUCCAUUGAAAAGACAGUUUGGACAUUCAUGGUCGUUUUUGAAGAUGAACAAUCUUGUGAUUUUUUUGUUUUCCAAAAAAUGUGCCGAAAAAAGGACCAAGCAAACUUUGCAUGUGAUUUUUACAUUUUUCUUUAUGAAAAACGUGGUUGGCCCAAACAUUUAUUUUGUAUAAAAAAACUUAGCAAUUGGCCUUGUGGCAAAGACAGCUGCCAAGGACAUGUGGUGGCGGUGGUGGUUGCUUUUCACACAAGCGGCCGCUCUUGCAGGGCCAUGGAUGCAGGCGAAGCCGCAGCUGGAGGUGUUGCACCAAUGGGUGGAAAUGGAGUUCGAAUGGCCAAAUGCCACAGCACGUGAGACUGCAUUGCAAUCUCAAAAAUAUCGUCCAGAGCACAAUGUUCUUGCAGGACUGAAAGUUUGUGGGCCAGAGGUAGCAUCGAGAUGUACACACCAGAUGAUCUUUGUCACUGUUCCCCGCUGGGCCACUGGUGUGCCAGCCUCCUUGAACUUGCUCACAGAUUCGCAGGGCCAGGCGAAGUUGCAACCAUGGCCGUCCAUGGAGGCUCAGGAUCCGCAGAAUUGCAGCAACAUCCAGUAUGUCCAGUCAAUGGAGAUCGACCCGCAGGGUGUAAUGUGGGUUGUUGAUGUUGGCAGAAAGUACUUCACCGAAACUUCAGAUGACAAGUGCCCUCCAAAGAUUUUGCUUAUCGAUAUCCCAAGUGGAGACAUUAUUGACUCCUAUGUAUUUCCAGACGAGGUGGCCCCUUACACUGGUUCGUUCCUGAACGACAUUGUGCUGGAUGUGGAGCAUCAAAUGGCUUACAUCUCAAGCACAGGCAACACUCCGGCUGACAAGGGAGCAAUAAUUGUUUAUGACAGAGCCAACAAAAGGAGCCGACGUAUCGAAGACAGGAGCACACACGCAGAACACGGGGCAAGGCUUGUGAUCCACUCCACUGACUACAGCAAGCUGCUAGAAGGGUUGCCAGUUGAUGGCAUUGCGCUGACGCCUGAUGGUGAAAGGAUCUUCUACAGCGCUCUGGGUGGAACAGAGCUGUAUUCAAUCAGUGCUGCAAAGGCCAGAAACUUCUCUGUGAAUGUGAGCUCCGUUCUCGCAAGUGUGGACAGUCAUGGAAAGAAAUCCAGCAAUUCUGAUGGCAUGACAUUUGGCGCAGAUGGCUUUCUGUAUUUUGGCGGGCUGACUAUGGACAGCCUUCUUCGAUGGAAACCAGGCACUCCCCUCAACGAGACUCAGCAGCUGGCAGUCGACCAUGAAAAGUUGUGGUGGAUUGACACCUUUGCUUGGGACAACAGAGGCAACUUGUGGCUAACAAGUAAUCGCCUCAAUUCCUGGUUCUUUCGAGAUGUAGUGCCUCCAGCCAUGGACUUCACAGGAAGUUCCGGUGCGAACUUUCGAAUUCUGAAAAUUCCCGUUGGUAGCAACUCUUACAUGUACAGGAAGAACUAGGUCCGUUCCCGUAUUCUUAGUACAGUGCUUUUGGUUGCGUCCUCGUGAUGCACCUCAGGAUGUAAUUCGGUAGACGGUACUACAGUAAUUCGGUGAUAAAUCUGUAAAGACAAAGCGAAACACAUGUUGCCUGUACAGUGGUAUGACGUGAGGUUAUUGCCGUUGUGCGCACAGGACGCGCAUAUUUCAUUCCAAGACUGCCAAUUCAUUUGGACACAAAGCCGGUUUGGGCAAGUAGCAAGCUGUAGCCGUGCUGCAAACUGUGGAUUAUUCGAAUUGUAGACACUUGCCGGUUGUCCAUGUCCUGCUUCUUGCUGCGUGCAUACCUUGUCACAGCAUUGAAUGGACAUUGAGCACUGGUGAGC